GUCUCGCUUAGUGAGAAACGUGCAGUGGAUCUUCUUUAAAAGGAAAGGAAAUCGAUAUUCGUGAAUCAUGGGACGAGUCAAAAGAAGCUUUCUAUUAUCUAUAUUGUUAAAUAUCUAUCAUAAUCGAGAGGACUUACGAGGAUAUCGUCUAUUCUCUAGGCUUACACCCGAUAGAAGUUGUAGGACGAAACUGAGGAAGUGUACGUUUCACGUGUGGAGACUUCCGGUUGCCGAUCCAAGCGACCGGAAACACAAGCGACAAAUAGAUCAACGGUAAGCAAUAAAAAGACAGAAACGAAGGGAAAACGAAAGAAGAAGGCAAAAGAAGAGGGAAUCCACUUGGUGUACGCACAUAAUGUACGAGUCCUGAGAGGAGUUGGAGUCCCUCCCGGAGGCGCGGCGCCGCGCCGCGCCACGGCACGACGUUGUGACUAUAAGUAAGUCUCGCGCGGCGCGCCGCGGCUUAAUGCCGUUGCCGCGUUCGUGGCGCCAAGAGGAGGGCCCAUUGGCGACGAUAAGCCUCCUUCGUGUCCGGCACGAACGAGAAAAAGAAAGAGAGAAAAACGGAGAUAGAUACACAGCAGCCAGCUUUCACCCGCGUUUCAGCAGUGAAUAUAUAUACCCCGUCGGGGUGUGGAUCGCGACAGUGUAGAUAAUACGUAGCUGUCAGUCGUAUCCGGCCAGUGUCAGUCUAGAGUUGGUAUCUAUCGGUGAACAAGAGAGUGACCAAGUGUCGUUUGUGAGCCAUUUAACAACAUUUAAUAACCUGGGAAACAAAAAAAAAAAAAAGAAACAACCCUUAUUUGUUAUCGAAUGAUCGGUUACCGUUGACUUUUCUUUUCUGAUCCGUUUAUUCCGAUCCACCAAUGAUUUCUCCAAAAUUUAAUCCAAUUUUGAAUUCCAAGUUUGAAUGAAACUGAUAUAGAUUCCUUUCGUCUGUCGCUUUUAUUUUAUAAGUGAACAACGCUCUUUAUUUAUUUAUCUAGUGAUUAUAAAAUUAUCUUAAUAUUGUGUCGUGUAACUUGGAUAUUGUAUUAUAUCAAUAAUAAGAGUGUGAGUGUGGAAUAUAUAGGGUAGUGACAGAGAGAGGUAUACAGACACAGGUGGGCAAGGAUCGGUAGAAGGUGGUUGGUAUCAAGGGGGUGCGCAUGGUCCCUGCGGAGCGGGGAAGGAUCACCUCUGUCGACGAGCGCGGACCUUUCUACUGGCCCGUUUGGAUGGUGAUCAGCGUGGCCGUGUUUUGACACUCGAACCACCAUGUCAGGGCUGCUUUACACGCUUUUAGGGUUGGCGGCUAGCACGAGCCUCCAUUGUGCCGUUCGCCGCGAGAUAAGCCCGUGCACCUGCCGACAGGAAGAGUUCUCCAGUUCCGUUAUCAACCCGGGCCAGUCUGCCGCUGCUGCAGCGGCUGCCGCGGUCGCUACUGCAACCGCUAACAACGCCGGCCACCAUGGAGGCCAUGGAGAACGGAUCGAGGUCGUGUGCGAGAAAAUGGACUCUUUCGAGCAAGUGGCAGGGGCGUUAAGGGGCAAAUUCACCGCUGAACAACAGAUUACCUUACGUGUCGCGCAUUCGAAUCUCAGGGAUAUAUCGCGGCACGAUUUUAAAGAGCUGCGGAUGUCCAUCACGAAACUCGAGUUGAAUCACGAUCGACUAGGGUUCGUAGAUGGUGAAGUUUUUGCGGGGUUGGGAAGAACGCAAUAUCUUAGUCUCGCGGAUAACGAAGUACCGUCGAUACCAAGACAUAUUCUGUCUCAUCUAUCUUUACUGAGGACCCUAGAUCUCAGCAGAAAUCGGAUAAAUCGUAUAGACUCGGAUGACUUUAAGUACAAUCCGACAUUACAACAUCUUCUUCUGGCCGGAAAUGCAAUUUCAGAAAUGGUGCCAGGCUCGUUACCACCGUUAGUGAAGCACUUACACGUUGGCCGCAAUCAUUUACAAAGCCUGAAUCGAACCUUACGAGAUUUGAAUCAGUUGGAGUGGUUGCUAAUUAACGCCAACGAGCUCUCGUCUCUGGAUGGCGAGCUACCGUCUUCUGGCCAUAAUCUGAAGAUGCUCUACGCCGUGGACAAUAAAUUAACUCACUUGCCGGUGGAAUUUCGUUACCUGCAUCGUUUGGAAAGUUUGUAUCUUCAACACAAUAAGAUUCGCAGUUUGGAUGGUACGCUACAAAAGGCACGUCGAUUGAAAUUUCUCGAACUUUCGCACAACGAUCUGCAAGAGUUAACGGAAGAGGAUUUCAUAGAAGCUGAAAUGUUAGAGGACUUAGAGCUUGGGCACAAUUCUCUAAAAUCGUUGGAUAGCGCGGGUGAUAAUGGCGACGGAAAUGGGGGCAACAGUGUCCUUUACCCUCUUAGAUCGCUCAAGUGUUUAAAUUUGACGCACAACGAGCUUCGUGAAUUUUCAUUCACGUCACUUCGUGGUCUGCGCGAGUUACGAAUGCUUGAUCUCUCGAACAACAGAAUCGCGCGGCUCCAUAGAGGAAGAACGCCAUCAGAGAAUUUAGUGGAAGAGGAAGGAGAUGAAACGGCAGGCGGAAAUAUUCAAGAUAUGCGACUUCAGCAUAACGAGCUACGAAGCUUGGAUGGUUCCUUGUUUCUUGGAAUGAAGGAAUUGCAGAGGUUGAAUCUAAGUCAUAAUGCUUUAGGACCAACAAUUGGUCAACGCGAUCUACGAGGUCUUGAUGGUCUAAAAGUACUCGAUCUUUCUCAUAAUGAGCUUACCACUCUUGAAGAUACAUCAGAGACGUGGCUCCCUUCUCUAGAAGAACUGAAUGCAUCACAUAAUCGUUUAGUAACGUUAUCCGAAAGAGACUUUCGUGGAUUUCCCGUUCUCUGCUGGGCAGACGUGAGCGCGAAUCGGAUACGUAUUCUGAUGCCGGAACUCGUGGCAAAUACACGGUGUACUGUUCACGGAGUGCCAGAUGUGCUUCGUAUAUAUCUGCAAGAUAAUCCGGUGUUGUGUGAUCCUGGACUCGCAGACCUGACCGUGGCUUUCGAAGUUAAUCACGCGAAAGUUUAUGGUGUUGCUAAUAAUUGUCCGACUACCGUGGCGACUCCUACCGAACAAACGUCGCCACUUCCGCCAUUACCACCGACGCUGUUGUUAGCUGCCGCAGCAGCUGCUUCCGGAGGAAAUGUUUCUUUCGCCGCGACACUUGAGUAGUUCAUUAUAAAAUAGAAUAAGAAUUCUAAGAUGUGAUCAAUCGAUAGAGAAAAUUUGAAUGAAAACGAAGAAAAACGAAGGAUCGAGAAGAAGAAUUUUUCGAUUUACAGUUAUUCGUUUGUGUGAAGCUAUGCAAUAUCUACACACGAAUAGACACACGUGAGAAACGAUAAUAUUAAAGUUCGUUUUAUUGGUAUUCAUUGUGAUAAACUAAGUGUGUGGAAAUGGGCGGUGUAAAUCUUGGUGUAACCUCGUUCCCCUUCACGUUCGACAGGCGUUUUAGUUCGUUUAAUCUAAUCCGCUUGCGUGAAUUUCUUGGAAGCAUGCAAAUGAAAAAAAAAACGUUGUAUAAUAAUAAUAAUAGAAUAAUACAUACAUACACGUAUAUACACAAACAGAUAUUCAUUAACAUCAUGACAUCAUAAAAAAUUUCAUAUGCGAUUAAUCUCAUAAUCGACAACUGACAAUCGUUCGCAAUCAGACGUCGGUCUCUAAUCGAUAGAUGUGUUACUACAUUUGUUAUAUGUAGUUAUUAAGUAACGAGAAAUAUAUAUUUAUUUUAGUGAAUUUUAAUCACAUAUCAUAUAGUUCGCACAGAAUAAUUCCCCAUGUGUUCGAUAUAGAAAAAAAAACAUUAUAUACUCGCUUAAAGAACAACGAGAUCAUUCUUAUCGAGAAACAAUUUAUUAACGUUUCUAUUUUUUAAUUAUAAUUAUUAAUAUGACAUUAUUACGUUGUAAAUAUUUAUUAAUUUCGUUACUUCUUAUACAUCUUAUUAACACUAGAGCUCGACGUUUCUCCGAAUGUUUCAUUUCGAAUUCCAAUUUGCAUUGUUUAAAAAUUUCAUCUACUUUUUCAUCUUUUAAUAUGUUAAAAUAAUUAUAUAUGUAUGUAGUAAAAAAAAAAAAUAAGUAUGUAGUAUAAAAAAACUGCGCUAUAGAAAUGAUAUAAAUAAUUAAUAAGAGUACUCAAAGCUCUCGAGAUCGAUUAAGAAAUUAAUCUUUUAAUUGAACUCGAAAUCAUUAUUAAUCAUCCAUACUUCAAAGUAUUAUCCAUAACGCUUAUGUGACGUACUAUGUAUCAUGAUUUUUCGUGUUGCUUUAGAUUAUUCAUUAAUGACGUCGGUUAAUAUGUCUAAUAUCUAGUGUACAAUUAUAUUGUGUAAGAUAAUAUAUAGAAUUUCCAGAAUAAUAUUUGCACAUUUAUAUUAUAUUAUAUUAUAUUAUAUUAUAUUAUAUUAUAUUAUAUUAAUAAUGAAUUUUUAAAUUAAAUAUAAUAGAUAAAAAUUUGUGCACAGGUAUUAAUCGUAUCAAAACCGAUAGACAACGUGAAUACGGCUAGUAUAUAUCAUAAUAUAGUGCAUCAAUUCCCAUCGUCGACGUUUCGAUCUUUAAUUAAAUUCCUGAAUGAUCGAGUAAAUGAACGAUCGGGCAGGUCAAUAGUGUAAGUGAAAUCUGUUAACUUACGUUGUGUAUGCGAUAUGGACUGAUUGGCAGUGGGCGAUCAAUUGACUCUCUCGUUAACUCGUGCCAAUAGGGAUGAAUUGUUAUCAACGUGCUGCUACGCAUACAUAAUCAAUUGGCCCUUUCCAUGUACGAGUAAGACGCGUAAAUAUUUCGUAAUUAUGUUAAUAUACGAAUUAAUGUAAAAUAUGAUAAGCGAAAGAUUCAAAUUUUCGCAAGAUAUUAGACGAACCUGAAUAAAUAAAUUUUCAUCAUUCAAGAUUGUUUAAAUAACCAGAACAACAGUGAUGUAAAUUAAUGAAUUGACAUAUAUCUAAUAUUUUCAAAUAAAAACAAAAAUUUUAAAAAUAAAAUUUUUAAAAUUUUUCUAAUAUAAAUAAAAAAUAAUAUCUUCAAAAUUUA